AUGCCGCUCUCAGUUUAUAAAAUAUCUUCUUCCUAUGGUAAUAGAAAUGCAACUAGAAGAUGUAUAUUUUUUUUAACUAAACGUUAUUAUCAUCAACAACAACAACAAGAAAAUUCUGUUCAUGUACAAAAAUCCUCAGGAUUUAAUCCGUUCAAUGAUCAUAAAGUCUAUUUGGAUCAAGUUAAAAAUUACAUCAAUCGACUAAAUCCAUAUCAAGGCAUUGAUUUAAGAGCAGCACAAUUAAAUUGGGACCAUAUACUCGAUCCACAAUAUGAAAAUACAAUUGCCGAAAAUAUUUUUGUUAGAAAAGCAGACGCUAACAUAUUGCAUGUGCACAAUCUUCAUAAAGAAAUUCAAAGUUUAAUUCAUAGAGUAGAAGAGAAAAAACUUGAUCCAACACAAGGAGAAGAUCAAAUAAAACUAAAAAUUCAAGAUUUAUAUAAUCAAGCAAUGAAAUUACCAAAUCAAGCACACCCAGACUCUCCAAUUGGACGUGAAACGGAAGCAAGAGUAAUACGUGAAGUUGGUGAAAAAUCUGAAUUGAGUUUAUCACAACGAAGUAUCGAUGAAAUUGGUACAGAUUUUGAUACGCUGUUAUUAGAAAAUAUGGGUCAAAUAUCGUUUCGAGGUGCCUAUGUACUAUUCAACGAUUUUGCCCGUCUGGAACGGGCACUUAUGUAUUAUGCAUUUCAAAAAUUAACAAAUUAUGGUUUCAAAAUGGUUUCUGUGCCCGAUAUUAUUCAUCGUGGAAUAAUAGAAUCAUGUGGUUUUCCCACUCAAGGCAAGCGUACUCAAGUUUAUCAGUUAGAUUAUGGCGAAGAAUUUGGUCGUUACUGUUUAGCUGGUACAUCUGAAAUGGCUUUAGCCGGACUAUUAAAACAUAAUACAUUUCGAAAAGAUGAAUUACCAUUAAAACUGGCAGCGUGCAGUCGGUGUUAUCGUGCCGAAGUGGCUGGUGGAAAAUCUGAAGGUAGUUUAUAUCGUGUGCAUGAAUUUACAAAAGUUGAAAUGUUUUGUGUGACAAGUGAUGAACCUGGUGUUAGUGAUAAAAUGUUAGAAGAUAUAGUUAAUAUACAAACAGAUUUAUUCAGUGAAUUAGGUCUACAUUUCAGAAUUCUUGAUAUGCCAACAGAAGAAUUGGGUUUAUCAGCUUACAGAAAACAUGAUAUUGAAGCAUGGAUGCCAGCUAAACAAUUUUAUGGAGAGAUAAGUAGUGCGUCGAAUUGUAGUGAUUUUCAGAGCAGACGAUUACAUAUUAAAUAUAUCGAUGAUAAUACUGAAGAACGUUUUGCACAUACAUUAAAUGGCACUGCGAUGGCUAUACCACGUGUCAUGACAGCACUAAUUGAAACAAACUGGAAACCGAAUGGCGAACAAGUCUAUAUUCCAAAACCUUUACAACAAGUCAUGGGUAAUCGUGAAUACAUUACCAGGAGCACACGAACACCCAAAACACAUUGGAUUAAAACAUUCAACUGA